AUGCGGGCCUUCCAUAUGAGUUGGCUCGCCUUUUUUGUCUGUUUCUUUGCAUGGUUUGCCUGUGCGCCGUUAAUGCCUGUUAUUGCAGGUGAAUUCCAUCUGACUAAAGAUCAAAUUGCCAAUAUCAAUAUUGCCGCGGUUGCCAUCACGAUUUUAGUACGUCUGAUUGUCGGUCCCUUAUGCGAUAAAUACGGUCCUCGUAAAACCUAUACCGCAUUACUGAUUAUCGGCAGUAUCCCUGUAUUUGGUGUGGCAUCUGCCAAUAGUUAUGAAUCCUUUCUAUUUUUCCGUCUAUUGAUUGGUGCAAUUGGUGCCAGCUUUGUCAUCACGCAAUAUCACACCAGUAUUAUGUUUGCGCCAAAUGUGGUGGGAACUGCAAAUGCAACCACCGCAGGUUGGGGCAAUGCGGGUGGUGGCGCAACUCAAGCCUUGAUGCCAUUGAUGCUUGCUGCACUGGUGAUGUUUGGUGUUGAACAAGCCAUGGGGUGGAGAAUUGCGCUGAUUGUACCUGGUGUGAUGAUGUUAAUCGUCGGUGCAAUGUAUUGGAAGUUUACUCAAGAUUGCCCACAAGGUGAUUUUAAAGAACUUCGUGCGCAAGACAAGGUGGCGACUAAAAAAGGUCUCGAUGGUCGUACUAAAGUAUUGUUUGCCAUGAUCCUGUUAGAAGGCGUAUUUCUGAUUGUCUUUUCUCAAAUGAAUACCGCAAUUCUGGCGAUUUUGGUCAUGACAGUAUUUGCUUUAUUUACCCAUAUGGCUUGCGGUGCGACCUAUGCACUGGUUCCAUUUAUUGAUCGCGAUGCUUUGGGUGGUGUGGCUGGCAUUAUCGGUGCAGGCGGUAAUGUCGGUGCUGUUGCUGCUGGUUUCUUAUUAAAAGGCAUGUUGGAUAUUCAAACGACGCUGAUGGUUUUAGGUGGGAAGUCUGCAAAAGAUUUAACCCUCUGUCGUGCUGACUUUGCCGAUGCUUAUGGUAUCGACCUGCGCUUAAACACCAAAGCUACUGAUAUAGAUACCUGCAAUAAAUGCAUCACCACCAAUCAUGGCGAUGUGAUUAGCUAUGACAAAUUGGUGCUUGCGACGGGUUCUUAUGCUUUUGUUCCACCAAUUUCAGGUCACGACCGUAACAACUGUUUUGUUUACCGUACCAUUGAUGACUUGGAUGCGAUUCGGGCAGCGAGUUUAUCGGCAAAAUCUGGUGUGGUCAUUGGCGGUGGUUUGUUGGGUUUGGAAGCUGCCAAAGCGCUUCGUGAUUUAGACUUGGAAACCCAUGUUGUUGAAUUUGCACCCCGUUUAAUGGCAGUGCAAAUUGAUGAUUUGGGCGGAAAAGUUUUACGCGCCAAGAUUGAAAAUUUAGGCGUGAAAGUCCAUACCCAAAAGGCCACUUCAUCUAUAGAAGACGGUGUGAAUAGCACCCAUGUGAUGAAGUUUGCAGAUGGUUCAGAACUUGAAACAGAUAUUAUUCUAUUUUCAGCAGGGAUUCGCCCACGUGAUGAAUUGGCGCGCCAAAGUGGUUUAGCUUUAGGUGAGCGUGGUGGUAUCGUGAUCAACGAUUACUGCCAAACCUCAGAUGCAGACAUUUAUGCAAUUGGUGAAUGUGCCUUAUGGAACAAUAAAAUUUAUGGUUUAGUGGCGCCCGGUUAUGACAUGGCACGGAUUGCGGCAAAACAUGUGAUGCAACAAAGUUGCCCUACAUUUGCUGGCGCAGACAUGAGCACCAAGCUAAAACUGAUGGGUGUCGAUGUGGCAUCGGUAGGCGAUGCGCAUGCCAUGACUGCAAAUGCAUUGAGCUAUUUCUAUGCCGAUGAGGAUGCAAUGGUCUAUAAAAAGAUCGUGGUCAAUGCAGAGAAAACCCAAUUACUAGGUGCGGUACUGGUCGGUUGCGCCAAAGAAUAUAACGACUUAUUGCAAAUGAUGCUCAAUGGAUUGGCUGUACCUGAAAAUCCAGAAAGUUUAAUCAUGCCGGGCUAUGCACAAUCUUCAGCAAAAGCGGGAGGUUGUGAUAUUUGCAAACCGACAGUGGCCAAUAUCUUGGCAUCUUGCUGGAAUGACUUUGUUCUCACCUCAAAUCAUGCUGGGUUGCAAGACAGCGGUGAAGUGACGCCAGAUGGUUUGAUUGCAGUCGGUCAGAUUGCCAAAGAAUAUGGUUUAUAUACCAAGCUAACCGGUGGGCAACGGGUAGACUUAUUUGGAGCACAAGUCCAUCAAUUGCCAGAAAUUUGGGAAAAGCUGAUCAAUGCUGGUUUUGAGUCUGGUCAUGCCUAUGGCAAGUCAUUACGUACCGUUAAAUCUUGUGUUGGGAGCACAUGGUGUCGUUAUGGUGUCGAUGACUCGGUCGGUUUAGCCAUCUUCCUUGAAAAUCGUUACAAAGGGGUUGCUGCUGAACUUGAACGUCGAAUGAGCCAUGUGGUGGGCACUUAUCAAGACGAAUGGCGCACUGCGGUGGAAGAUCCUGAAGUACGUAAACGUUUUGUGACCUUUAUUAAUGCCAAAGCUGAGCAACAGCAAGAUCCACAUAUUCAGUUUGCUAAAGAAAAAAUCAAUUUAGUUCUGGUGGGGAACGGAUUGGCAGGGAUGCGUUGCUUGGAAGAUUUGCUUGAUAUGGCACCUGAUCGUUACGACAUGACGGUGAUUGGUGAGGAGCCUUGGGGUAACUAUAACCGGAUUAUGCUGUCGCCUGUCUUAUCAGGGGAUAAAACCAUUGACGACAUUAUGCUACAUCCCCAUUCAUGGUAUGCCGAUAAAAAUAUUCGCUUUAUUGCGGGUGAUGCUGCGGUACGUAUUGACCGUCCCCGUAAGCAAGUCUAUACCGAAAAAGGUGUGGUGGUGAGCUAUGACCGUUUGAUUUUAGCAACGGGUUCAAAACCAUUUAUUCCACCAGUCAAAGGCUCAGAUUUGGAUGGCGUGUUGAGCUUUCGUGAUAUUUAUGAUGUCAAUAAUAUGCUCGACUACUGCAAAUCUAAAAACAAUGCCGUGGUGAUUGGUGGUGGUCUAUUGGGGCUAGAAGCCGCAUAUGGUUUAAAGCAACGUGGUAUGAAUGUGACGGUUUUGCAUUUGAUGGAUCGCAUUAUGGAUCGCCAACUUGAUGCUAAAGCCAGUCAAAUGUUGAAAACAGCAAUUGAGCAAAAGGGCAUUCCGAUCAUCACAGAAGCCAAUACAGAAGAAUUACUCGGUGAAAAUGGUCAUGUCACCCAGGUUCGGUUAAAAGAUGGCACGCUUUUAGAUGCAGAUCUGGUGGUUUUUGCCGUGGGUAUUCGCCCAAAUAUGGCUUUGGCACAAAGUGCGGGUUUACGCUGUAAUCGCGGUGUGUUGGUCAAUGACACCAUGCAAACCUAUGAUCCAAAACCUUUAUGGGGUCAAGCCUUUAUUUGUGCAUCACAUUUGGCCGAACACGGCAGUUUGACCUUUAAAGCACCGACUGUUCCAACCCAGUUAAAAGUCAGUGGUUGUGAUGUUUUUUCAGCAGGCCGCAUUGAUUUAGAAAACAGUCAACCUCUAGAAGAUUUCGAAGACAUUAUUCUGAAUGAUGAAAAACGUCAAAUCUACAAACGCAUUAUUAUUCAAAAGGAUAAAGUCGUUGGUGCGGUACUGUUUGGUGAUACAGAGGAUGGCACUUGCUCCACAGAACAUAAGAUCAUAAGUACACAAACCACUUGUCCUUACUGUGGUGUAGGCUGUGGUGUCACAGCAACAGUGCAAGACACCACGCUAGGACAAAAAGUGUCUGUGGUUGGCGAUGUCAAUCAUCCUUCGAAUUACGGGAAACUGUGUAUUAAAGGCAGUAAUUUAGCCGAUACGCUGGGGUUGGGCACACGUGUUUUACAUCCGAUGCUUGGGCGUCAUCCCCAUCAGCAAGUCACAGAUUGGGAUAGCGCAACAGAUUUAAUUGCCAAUAAAUUCCAACACUAUAUCGAGCAAUAUGGUCGUGACAGUGUCGCAUUUUAUGUUUCGGGUCAGUUGUUGACGGAAGACUAUUAUGUGGUAAAUAAAUUCGUUAAAGGCUAUUUGGGCACAGCCAAUAUCGAUACCAAUUCAAGAUUGUGUAUGUCUUCGGCGGUUGCCGCACAUAAGCGUGCUUUUGCAUGGUGUCAUCCCGUGAUGUAUCAACGCAUCAUGAAAGCCAAAGAAUUAAGACAACAAAAGCAAAGUGAUUUAUUUGUGGUGGUGAUAGAUCCACGCUUUACUGCCACAUGUGAAGCAGCUGAUUUGCAUUUGCCUAUUUUGAUUGGUCAAGAUUUGGGCGCAGCACCGUUCUCUAUGACAGGACAACCUAAUGCAAUGGGUGGGCGUGAAGUGGGUGGUCUUGCCAAUAUGCUGGCAGCACACAUGGACUUAGACAAUCAACAACAUCAACAGCUUGUGCAAAGUUUUUGGAACAGUCCAAGCAUUGCCAAACACGUUGGAUUAAAAGCCGUUGAUCUUUUUGAAGCAGUGGAAAGUGGCAAGAUUAAAGCCAUUUGGAUUAUGGCGACCAAUCCGGUGGUCAGCCUCCCCAAUGCCGAUCAGGUCAAACGUGCUUUAAACAGUUGUGAGUUUGUUGUGGUCUCUGAUAUUUGCAAAGAUACCGACACCACUCAGUUUGCCGAUGUGCUCUUACCUGCAUUGGGGUGGGGCGAAAAGGAUGGUACGGUCACCAAUUCAGAACGCCGUAUUUCACGACAACGUGCUUUUUUAGACCCACCUGAGCAGGCCAAAGCGGAUUGGUGGGCUGUGGCACAAGUGGCUAAAAAGCUUGGAUUUACUGGCUUUGAUUUUGCAAAUAGCCACGAGAUUUUUAAAGAACAUGCAUUGUUAUCUGCCUAUCAAAAUGCAGAGAUUAAUGCGCGAACAAAUGCACAAAGCUUUCGUUACUUCAAUUUACAAGGUUUAACUGAUCUUUCAUUGGAUGAAUAUGAUCAAUUGGCGCCCAUUCAAUGGCCUGUGAUCAUGCGCAAUCAGGCUGAGCAUGCAUUCGCACAAUUGUUUUCACAGGGGCAGUUUAGCCAUGCAGAUGGCAAAGCUAAAUUUAUUGCCACGAUGGCGAUAGAUCCAGUCCAUCAAAGCAAUACUGAAUAUCCUUUAAUUCUCAAUACAGGACGGAUUCGAGAUCAGUGGCAUACCAUGACCCGCACAGGUCUAUCUGCCAAUUUAAGCACCCAUAAAGCAGAACCCUUUUGUGAAAUUCAUCCCAGUGAUGCAUUGAAAUAUGGCUUGAAAGAAGGCGAAUUGGUCGAAAUCAAAUCGGCUUGGGGCAAUUGUGUCUUGCGUACUGUACUCAGUGACAAUAUCCGCCGUGGACAAAUUUUCGCCCCGAUUCAUUGGAAUGAUCAAUUUGCUUCGGAUGCCCGUAUUGGCAAAGUGGUCAAUCCAGUGGUAGAUGCAAUUUCAGGCGAGCCAGAAUUCAAACAUACCCCUGUGCUGAUUCAGCCAUUUUAUACCCAGUGGCAAGGGAUUCGGAUCACAGGUGGUGAGCCGUUAAUGCGUCAAGGUGUGGUGCACUUUAUUGAUGAGCUACAAAAAUUAAGAAAGCUGGGGCUCAAACGUAUUUCAAUGACCAGCAAUGCACACUAUCUUAAACAAUACGCAAGCCAGUUAAAACAAGCGGGUUUAGAUGACUUGAAUAUCAGUCUGGAUAGUCUAGAUCCAGCACAAUUUAAGGCACUGACUCAAAAAGAACUACAUCCCGUGUUAGAGGGCAUUGUCGCAGCACAACAAGCAGGCUUUAAGAUCAAGAUCAAUGCUGUAUUGAUCAAAGGCAUCAAUGAUGAUCAGAUUUUGCCCUUAGCACACUGGUCGAUUCAACACCAUUUUACCGUGCGAUUUAUUGAAUUUAUGCCUUUGGAUGGUGCUGGUCUUUGGUCGCAAACUAAUAUUGUCACGCAUCGCCGUGAAGCAUUUGCAGCCUGUGAAGAAGCAGUAGAACGGGUAAAACAUGAGGUUCCCAUGAUGAGGAACAAGAUCAUUCAGUACAAAAAGAUUCAUUUCACCACCAUGACUGUGAGCAUGAUCAUGGCGCUUCUGAUGACCAUUUAUCUCAGCACAAUCAACCUCAGCAUCAUCAUUCUCAAGCGCAGCAAUCAGCGCAUCGACAUUCUGAGCACAAUCAUUCUUUUGCACAUCAUUCCAAAUCUACACAUUUAG